AUGAAGGCAUCUACGAGCCUACUGCGACCUCUUCGAGAUACAGCCUACGGGAAAUAUGACGUCUUGCGGCCGCUACGAAGCAGAGCGGGUCGAAAACCUGCGAGCUUCACACGACCCCUUCCUGUACCCCUGUCCAUCAUCCGACCGUCUUACGUGCCCGUCAACUUUUGGAGCCGGAACUCGGAUGAUGAGAAGCUCGUAAUUGACGACGAGUUCGAAGAUCUGGAAGGCUGGAAGGGGGAUAGCGGGAUCGGGGAGAGUUCGCUGGGUAUCGGAAUGAUACCUCUUGGAGGAGUGGAGGAACGGACGAUACGGCAUGUCGCUCGGAUAGCGAGCGAAGUGCUCCGAGACGUGGAGACGCUCAUUCAGCCAGGCGCAAAGACGACUGACCUGGAUCGAACGAUACAUGGUAUGAUCCUGGCGAGAGACGCAUACCCAUCACCUCUUGGGUAUCAAGGCUUUCCGAAGAGUGUAACAACAAGCGUGAACAACGUCAUAUGUCAUGGAAUACCGGACGAACGGUCUCUGGAAGAAAGCGACCUGGUCAACGUCGACGUGACCAUUUACUCUGCGCUUCCCGAAGAGGAAGAUGACGAUGACACGAUUCCCGUCUGGAUGCAUGGGGACACGUCGAGGACUUUCGCCCUGCCGGCAAUAGAUACGCUGGGCAAAGAGCUCAUCGAGUGUACAAGAGAGGCUCUGGAGGUCGGCAUCCGGAAAUGCGGACCAGGAUUGCCCUUUAGCGAGAUUGGCACGGCGAUAGAAGCUUUUGCGACAAAGCAUGGAUUUUCGGUCAACCGGCAAUUCACGGGGCAUGGGAUCGGCGAACGCUUUCAUACUGCCCCCUGGAUCGUACAUCACAAGAAUGACCUCCCAGGCCUGAUGCAACCCGGGCACUGUUUCACCAUAGAACCGUGUUUGGUCCAAGGCGACCAAAGCCGAGGGUACGGCUGGAUCGACGGAUGGACGUAUGCCACCGAGUCGAACGCUCGGUCUGCGCAGUUUGAGCAUCAGUUGCUCGUUACCGAGAACGGCGUAGAUGUGCUGACCCGAAUAUGAGCAUCAUGCGCGAUUGACUGGCAACUUCUGUCGAGGAGUGAGGUCGGAGGCCGAUAGUAGUCAUGUUAGCAGAGCGAGCUACUAUAUAGCGUACAAGGUGGUUUGAAACGCGAUACAGCGCAAACAUGCGACCGGUGUCUUUUGCAUACGAAAUUCUCCUGAUGCUUUCCAUAUGCGAGGAUGACAUAACACUACAGUCCGUUCCGUCUCCGGCGAAUCGCCAAGCGUCCCAUGGUCAACAUCUAAUGUGUUCUUUUGCGAUACACGCAGGGUGUAUCGGCGGACCGGACCUAUGCUGCAUGUACCCUUCCAAGUGGAAGUAGGACAUCGAAAAUCUCCCAGUAGAUCGAUCUUCUAUCAAGAUGAUAGUCCAGCCAGGUGUUCGAGAGGUAUUUUGAGUACCAAGCC